GGAGGGACGUGCUAAAAUCCAGUCGCUUUUUCAGGCCUUUUGCACAUUGGAUGCUUCUGCUGUCGCUACAGCAAACGUUUGCAAUUUUAUGGUGGAAAAAACCUGUUGCCACCUGAAAAGACACCCUCAUUUUUUCUACCAGGUGUGAGACACACAUCUGAAUUGCUACACCGGUUGAACUACCAAGGAGUGCAGAGCGUGAAUUUCUGCCAAAAAUUGGGACUGUUGCACAGGCUUAGUCUUCCCGAGGAUGCCUCUUCCGAAGAAAGGAAAAGUGAAAGAAAGAAGGAAGCAAAAGUCAUCAGCUCUAGGUGAGGAGAGACACAAAAAGGCAUCGCUGGAGGCCGACGCACUUAAGCAGCACUUGGUUCUCCAGAGAGACAUGGCCAAACAAGCCAUGAUCGACAGGGAAGGAUUCAGGCAGAGGCUGACAGAACUGGAGAGAAACCUGGAGGAAGCCCAGAAAGACAAAAAGGAUAUUUAUGAAGAGAUGAUUCGUCAAUAUCAGCAGUUUCAGCGCCAGACUGACACCCAGAUACAGCGUUUGGAAGCUGAAAAGCAGAACCUGCAAGAACAACUUGCUGCCUGCCAAAGAAAACUGCAGCGGAGUGAAGAGGACCGAGCAAAGAUCUCGGAGGAGAAGGACAAAGCUGUGGCCGAGAUGCAGCAGAAGGCCGAGGAGAUGGAGAAGGAAUGUGAAAGAAUCCUGCACGAUAGUUUGGAUCAGGUGCUUUCCAAGCUACAAACCGCCAAACUGGGCUGGGAGACUGAGGCUGCCCUCAUCCAUACAGAAUAUAAGAAUAUGCUAAAAGAGUUUGGACUGAACCCGCUGGAGAUCUGAAGCAGCGUUCAAGCAGAGCUAAGGUCUCUCUCCUUAUCCUCCCUGGGGUCUCAUAUUGCCACAGACAUUAAAAUAUACUUGU